CUCACCCCAGUCCACAUGGUCGACGCAAUCUCAAAAAUAAAUUCGUUUGUGACGGAGUGAAACUGUGGGCAAUCUGUUGUUGGAUUGGCGAUAAAGAUUUCCUUGACGUCUUUUGCGUCGGAGUUCUAAUGGUAAACAUAGAUUUAUGGGAUCAAUCACUUCUGACUUUGCAUAUUAAGGCACCAGUUAUUUUGUUGACGUGAGAUCGAGGAAGACUCUUGAACGAAGCCUGUCAAAUAGCAGUGUGUUGCUUUGUCAAUUUCUUGAUAUCAACUGUUCUAAAUGAUAUUCUUCUGAACGUUAUUGCAUAUGUAGAAAUCUUUGUUUGUAAAACCUCUUCUUCUGGGAAUCUUGACACAACGGAGACCAACGCAAAGAGAUGUGUCUUAACUCGUAAACGGCAUGUCUGCUAGACAAAAUUUAAGUGCCUUCCGCUCGAUCAACUGUACAUUUUGUAUCUUCAAGUACUUUAGCGGUGAAUGGUUCGCACCGCGAGCUCUCUGUUGUUAAGAUUUGCGGUUCCGACUUAUGGCUGGAUUGUAAAUUGAGUAUGUCUGUGGACACCAUAACCAUUGGGGAGACGGAAGAAGCUGUUGGAUCACGGCGAAAGUCAUGCACGACUGAUGGAUUCGUUGUCCCGUCUGGGGAGGUCGAUUGCGACCUGCCCGUUCAACGAGAAGAUCCGGCGUUGCACAAGUAAGUAUCAUGUUUAUUCCUUGUUGUAUUAAAGAUAAGCUCACCCGCAAUUUGACCUGGGUUUAAUAUUUCCCUAUCUCGGAUUUUAACGGAAAACGGAACCGUUUUAACUUCAGAUUGUUCCCUCUCUAUACAGGAGAAAUAAAGAUAAAAAUAGUUCUUUAGUGAAUGGAAUCGACGACAAGUUUUCAGGAGACCAGAGGCGAUCGUAAGUAAAAUUGGCAUUUGCUGUCAGAGUGAUUAGCUUCAUUUUAUUUUGAAAAGAAUAACAGCUGCCAAAUAGCGAUGUUUAUAAAAUGACUCCCGGCUGUACACUCUUCGGUAUGCAUCGUCUUUGCUAUAUGGUUAAUGUUUGAGAAUAUUCGAAACUUUGGUAAAGGUGUCACUGACCUAGUAAAUAUGGGAAAACAAUUAAACUUUAAUGACUUCCUAAUACAACAAGAGAAAAGAUGCUGUUAUGUUUUCGAUUUUUUUAUGUCUGUGGAUUUCAUUUCUCAUGCAAUAUAAAUAGCAAUUUUGUCCCGUGAUCACUGUAAUUUUAAAAGGCUUCAAAUUUCUACCUAGCAAAUUAUUUAUUUAAGCUUCUAAUAAGCAAUAAACUAAAUUAAAAUUGGUACAUUCAGCCACGGAUUCAUUCGGAAGAUUACUUGUGGUGCUUAUAUCAUAAAGUGUAAAAAUAAAAAUGAAAAUUGUUUUUAACAGAGCUGUAAAUCCUUUCCGUUCUUAAAAUAUCACUUGCAGUAAUAAAAGACCUUCCUUGUAAUUUUUUCAGUUACUAUGAAUAAUUCCAUAUUUCAUGAAAAUAUCUUUGUCAGGUUGCUAUGUAUAUAAUUUAAAAUUCUAAUGUGUCAUUUCAAAAGUUGAUGUCAAUAUCUAUGGUUUAGGUAUCUUAUCAAGUCUAAAAUAAAAGAUUAAUCCUCCAGAAGCAUAUAAGCAUUGGAUUGUAAAUUUCUUUGAAAAAUAUUCUAAGAUCUCUAAAAAAAACCUGGUAAAUAGUUACAUUUAAAAUAAUGAUGAAUUCAUCAGUUUUGUUGCAAAUUAAAAGUUCCAAUGUGUACUGGUAAUUUCCAUUUUGCAUUCUAGCUAUUUAUUGAUAGUGAUUGGUUUUGACAGAGCUUAAAAGUGCUGAUUAUUAUAACAUGGAAGUUUGAUUGAAGUACUUGGGAAAAAACAAAAAAUUAAUGCAAUCGCAAAAAAUUCUUCUUGUACAUUGUGUGUGUUUGUAGUUAGUUAUAUGAUAUUUUGUUACAUUCCUACUCUCUGAUAAUAUUUAAAGAAAAAGUUACAUAAUGCAACCCAUAUUCAAUAUACUGGUACAAAAAAAAUUGAAAUUGAUAGAUAUUUAUGCAUGUAUGACAGUAAAAUUUAUCAGUUGACUAAUUCUUGGAUGUAAAAUACUUGCAACUAGGAAUUUUUCUUCUAUUUUUAUAAAUGAAGAGAUAAUCUGCUUUGAUAGUACAGUUAUGUCCCCUCAAAGGUUAAAAUGAUACAAAAUUAUCAUUGCCAUAGUGAUGAAAUUCGUUGCGUCACUUUUAAAGGAUGCUGGAUUCAAGGACAUUCUCUUCUGAUAUUUGCUCGUAGUUAUCGCCAGGCUACUGAUCGGUCUUCCAAGGAUAGGGUUUCUACUGUGUCAACAAUAAUAUUUUAACAGAUUGUUUUUAUUGUGCUCCUAACAAUCGUCCGAAAUUCAAAUUGUAAGUGUGUUUCGUUUAGUAUUUGCUUUCAUAAUCAAAACUUAAAAUAAUUAUCGUUUAUGUAAUGUGAAAUAUACGAAGCUGUGUCUGCUUAAGGAAGUGUUACCGUAAGUUGGCAUCAUGAUGUUAACAAAUAUGUUUGUUUCUGUAAAGUAUAAAUGUAGUUAGUGAGAUCAUUUACCUGGCAAGAACAUGUUAAUAUCAUGUUAAAAGCAUCUUACGGUUCCUAUAUUUCUUUAGAAAUAUUUCACCCAGAUGCAGUGUCUUUGCCCAAAUGUAAAGUGAAUAGUAUGAUAUAAGAUAAUACUGCUUAGAAUUUUCCUUUCUAUAUUUUAAGUGUUGUGUACAGAAUUUUGUGGAACAGUCUUGAUAAGACAGGGAGGUCUUUGUUGUGGGUUAACUGCAUGCAAAUGAAUUUUUCCGCUUAGUUUCUGUCAACUGACCAUCAAGUACCUCACCAUGGUCACUCCAACCAAACUUUGCUGCUGUUAAUGGCUGCACGUCAAGAAAUAUUUUUUUUAUUGACAAAUCAUUCAGCAUUUUCACUUCUGAGACCCUGUUGAGGUGAAAAUUUGACGAGCAAUAUUGCCCUUGGGUUGAAAUUGCAACAGUUACAAAGACUGGGACAAGCACAAUAGUCAAAUACCAACAGAGACAGCUUUCUUCUCAAAGUGUAAAACAACAGGUUUUGAAAUGCAGAUAAGGGACAUUCAUUCCCCUCCCCUGCCUUUGAGCAGGGGGGAGGGGAUUUGUUGUCUCCUAUUGUAAAGGGAAUGUGUUUUGGGGAAAUAAUAGACAAGCCGAGGCAGAACUGUUGGCCAAAAUGUUUUGUAUUAAAUGCAAAACCAAACAACAUACUUUUGUAACUUUUGCAGCACCUUUUGAAAAUUAUCAGAUUAGGGACCCCUUAAAGCAAGGUGUGCAAAGAAAGGCAUGUUGGGUAGCCUUAAGGGCUGGUGAAUUUGGCCAUUGUAUUAGUGAAUUCUGUUCUUAACUUGCCCAAUGCACAAAAGAAAUAAAUGGUAAAAAAGAUCAUUUAGUUAUUUUACACAUUCUCACACAUUCUUCCUUUUUUUACAGGCCACAAAAACCACAUCCUUUGCGCAGUCCAGUAAAUAAAUAUUCAUCACUAAUAAGGGCACAAACUAUGUCACCUGUGUUAGACAAUGUUGACAAGCCUAUAACAGCCAAGACAUCCAAGAACUUUUCCAAGGCUCCUUUGAAGCUUAAGUUAGCUUUAUCACCUAGAGGUAUGUUUAGUUUCCUGAGAAUCUUAAUGUUUUGUCCACCUCAGGAAACACAUAGAGAUUCUUUCAAUUAAAACAAAAUUAAUGUGGUUCGAUGUAAUCUAGGGAGAAUUAACCUCAAACCAACGCUUGCCCCUUCUUCCAUUGUGUGAGGCAUCCCCUUGCCUUUAGUAGGGACACCUCUUGACCCUUAUAUGCAGUCACUUGCUUGAAGUACUUUCGCAAAGUGUCUUUUGCUUCCGCUGUGUUGCUUGCUUGCCAUUUUAGUAUGUUUUCUUCCGACUCUCCCUACCUUUUUAGAUGAAGGUCUGCUAAGCAUUAGUAAAUAAUGGUAAUAGGAUUGAGUGUAGUCCAAUCUGGUCUGUAAUCAUACGAGUGAUAAACAAAAUCGCGGGAGUCCGAUUUGUUUAAUCACAAGUAUGAUUACAGACCGAAUUGGACGACGUGAAGUUCUGUUACCAAUAUUAACAGUGUUCUCCUUAUCAGGCGGUAACCAGUAAAAUUUACCGCCUGAAGCAACACUUCUUACCGCCUGCAACUGCUUAAAGGUUUACCAAAAUAAAAUAAUUUUUUAAAAAAAAAAAUAUGCGAGUUGUGAUCCGAUCCGAUCCUCACAAGAAAAUGAAUGAAUAUGUGGAAAAGAAUAGCUACCUAAGUACAAAACGUACAGCCCAAAAAUAAUGCACGUUCAGGAACUAAUAAUUCCCAUGUUUUCUUGUGGGCAGAAAUUCAACGCCUUUGGUUUGUUUUGCCGAGACUAUGGUAUUGUACUAUGAAAUGAUCCAAAUAAUCUAAAUGUUCGAAACUACAGAUCGUUUUGUUAAACAAACGCCUCACACGCUUUAUCUAACUUUGGAAAAGCUAAACGAUUGAAGUGUUCACUUUGCACAAAAAGCAGAGAAAGCUGUUCGCUUUCCCAGGCAACUUUUUACUUGUGUACUUUCAUGAUUACCUUUUGCUGCCACAGAGUGAAUUAGUAUCAACGCUACAAAACGGUGUUGUCACAAAAAGGCAACAAACACUACAAAGAUCUUUCAGGUUAACACUUAUAAAGAACUUCAUGCGCCUUCUUGAGGCUUGCGGUAAUUUUCUAGCUUCUUGCGGUGAAGAUUUUUGACUUCUUUCGUUUCAAAGUCCUUGCGGGUAAACCACAAAGGGUCCUCAAAAAUACGGCACUUUCACUUCUUGCGGUGGCUUGCAUGUUCUUGCGGCGCAGCAACUUCUUACGCCACUUUUUGCGCGUGCAUAAUUUUGGUUCUGUACUAGUACUGUAUAUGCAGCUUUCCUUUUUAGGGACAUGCAUUUUGGAAACAUAGUAAAAUUAUUGGAAUCAAACGUUUUAAUUUGUUUUCUAAAGAUAACGACAGCAGAUUUGCAUAAAAUAGGUCUUAAAAUAUGGGAAUAAAAAAUUUCCCAGUGAAGGCGGGUCCAUGUCCCUCACUCCACUGUCCCCCCUCCCCCCCUCGUAGAAAAGUAUAUAUUUUCCAUGAAUGGUCCUUUACCUGCUGAGCUAAAAUUUAGGGAGAACACUGUAUUAAUCAUAACUAUAACAAAAUUUGUGAUAUUUUAGACUGUUUUAAAUCAAAACACAUGAAAUUCCAAGAGUUUUUUGCUAGCAGUGAAAAAAAAAGCCGUUAAAGUCCACGUAUGCGAUGGCGCAUACUGUCCAAUUACUUAGCGUGACGCAAGCUGUCCUAUUACACUGUCCUGUUAGUUCUGAAAUCGGGACAGUUGAUAGCCAAUCAAAUUUGAGAAUUUUGUUAUUGUUAUGAUACUUAAUUGAUACUCCAUAGAGCAGUUCUGUGUGAUGGUACCUGGUGGGGGCCUCUCACUGGGUUGCCAUGGAUACUGCCUUCCUUGUGCUAGAGCAUUGCCUGGCUGCACCAAGUCCUAAGUCCAUCCCGAUCACCUGCUCCCAAACUCAUGUAUUAGUGAUUGUAAAUUACAUUGUAGAUUCCCAAGGUACUACCCUAUUAGUACAUAAUUUUGCAAUUUUGGUGAGACAGUAUUUUGCAGGGUUUCAUUGUCAGGAUUUAAAUAAGAAAAUAUGAAAAAAGAACAUAAACUUUAACAAUUCAAGCAUUCUCAAUUUCAUUAUAUAUUUUUCAAAAAGUCUAAACUUUUUAAAAUUCUAGAUAAAGUGGAACAAGCAAAAUGCAUAAUUAUUUUUGGUACGAAUCUAGUGAUUCAGAGGAAGAUGAUAGCUAGAUUUUCUACUCCAUAUGUGGUAUUAAAUUUCGUGAGGAUUUUUAGUGCAAAAUUAAGUACCAAUAAGGUGGUCAUUCAGUGACAUGACUUUUGUUCUAAACGAACAGAGAUUUUGCAAUGUUGGCUACUUAGAGACUUUCCGUUAUUCUGUCCUUAUUUUGCCAGUCAAAUUAUUGAAUUGGUGGGUGGAAUGAGGUAAAUGACACAAAAUAUAUUAAUUUAAAAAUUCACCAUUGGAUUCAUGAACACAUGAAAUCCUACAAUGUUGCCAUAAAAAAAAACCUAUUUAGUACUGUUUCUUUUUAAGGGAUUUUACAAAAAGGUUUGGGAAUUUUUUGUCCUAAAAUUGACUUGGACUGCUAUUUUAUCGAAAGGAUUAAACAUGCCUUGUUUAAAUUUACAUCUCAAUCAUGUGUGGUCACGUUUUUCAGGUUGUUCAAUAAUAAUAGUUAUCUUUCAUCAAGAUAUAUUUAUACAUGUAAUUCGCACAGCAUGAAUGUUUAUCUAAGAAAUUGAUACGUUAUUUUGGUGACAUACUGUACCUUGUUCCUGAACAUAGUGUGAAGAACUUUCAUUGCAAGUUCAAAGUUGUGAGUCACAUGGUCAGGAAAAUGUUUCUCACAUGAUAUUAAUAAAGAACCAACAAGACACUCUCAAUGCAAAUUUCUGACAGUAAUUUGCCACAUAGGAAAUUUCAUGGAUAAUUUUCCUCCUGCUAUUUUACUUUAGCACAUAAAUGAAAAAAAUCAAAACAAAACACCUAAAAUUCUAUCCAGCUGUUCAGUGCUCAAUCAAGGAAUAUUAUGGACAUUUCUCAAAGGACUCCCAAAAAUAUUUUUUACGGUAUGUAUAUGCUAUAUGUUCUGUGUUAGAUCAUUCAAGGCAUAAAACUAGACUCAGUCUAAGGUAUCUAUAAGAGACUUUUCAAUAGCUAAUGGACUGGGCAUUUUUAAGUUUGUUUUUAUAAUAUUAAUGUUAAAAAGUGCUCAGGCCAGUUUCAGACAAAAUAUGUCAGGAAUUAAAGCGCUUCAUCAUUGGUCCAUACUAGAAAUUGCAGCUGUUAAGCUAGAAUCAAAUGUUAACAGUACGCACGUAUACAUGUAUGAUCAUGUUAUUUAAAAAUGUGCACAUGAUGAAUUUAGAUGAACUUGAUUUCAAUAAUUGUGUGGUCCUUUUUUGUUAUGUUCAAGAAGUCUCAGUAAAACAUAUCCGGAAUGCUUUGUAGAAUUUUCCUCUUUACCAGUGACAUUUCUGAAACUGAUUUUUUUAUACUGGAGGUCAGUGUAUAAUGCACUGAACAAAAAACUUUACCAAAGGUCACAUUCUUUCUGUUUUGGGUCUUGUUUCCUUUACAAGAAGUUGUACACAUAAUGAUAUAUAACGAGCGUGAAAUUAGUGGAGUCACAACACUGGCUGUUUAAAAUUACAAAUCUAGUUAAAAUAACUUUUACUCUUAUUGUACAAACUAACCAUUGAAACUGUAAGGUUAAUACAGUGAAAAUGCCACCCUUCUUGUUACAGUCAUUUAUGAUGAUGUUUAGCUGUCUAGAUCAGCUCAACCUACUAGCCCUUAGAUAGAAUGAACAUUUUAACCUUUAAGCCCCACCAUCCACGUAUAAAUUCUGCAAACUGACCUCUAGACAUUUCCUUAAAGAAUGAUCGUAAUAUUAAUUCUCAUAACCUAAUCUCUUGACAAUGUGAGGAUAUCAUUUGGAGAAAAUUGAUGUUGGUCACUUUAUAUGCUAACUAAAUGAAGGGAAAGCAAGGGUGACACAGUGGUGAAAGCACUCGCCUCCCAUCAAUGUGGCCUGGUUUCAAAUCCCGGCAUCGACGCCAUAUGUGGGUUGAGUUUGUUGUCAGUUCUCUCCUUUGCUCUGAGAGGUUUUUCUCCUGGCACUCUCAACAGUGUUCCUCUCUCCUCAUGAACUAACAUUUCCAAAUUCCACUUUGACCAGGAAUGAGGUAGACGAAUAACCACUAAGUGGAUGUGCUACAGUUAAAUUGUAUCAUAUAUUGUUGGUAUGGUUACCUCUGGUUGACUGUCUGUGGUCUCUUCUUUGUUAGGUGCAGCUUGGAACUUGGAAGAUGAUGAAGAGAAUGUUACAGCUGCAAGUGGUAGUACAGAUGGAGCUCCUUUCGGAUACACUUCGGGAGGGCUUUAUUAUUCCACAGCUAUUCAUCUACAAACAUUGCAGACGUUGGUAAGAAUUAACUGCAUUUUUACAGCUAUGGAAAAGCACAUGAUUGCUAUAGCUAUUCAUGCUUGACGUGUUUAUAAGUGGUGGAAAAAAGUAAGAUUUGUGCUCAUCUGUAACUAUUGAACCAAGCCCACCAAAAAGUUCACCCUGUUUGUAUUAUUUUAUUUUUUAUGUUUUCUGAAACCACACACUUUAAUGUUGUUUUUGACAGGGAAAUGAGGAGGAAAACAUUUCUCCAUUAGAGACAGAGAAGAAGCAAAGGUAACAAUAUUAUUUAACAUAAUUUAUGUGGGGUACAAAAAAGUUGAUUCAUUCUGCAUGCCAAGUUUAACUUGGUCUCAAGAUCAUAGUAAACCAUAGUAGAACUUUGCUAUGUAUAUGUCGCAGGUCAAAAUUGAAUCCAGGUUAAAAUUUUUUAACCUAGGUUGAUUCUCAAUUUUCUUUAUGUACUACACCUGAUUAUUCAUGAGUUUGGGCUAGGAGACAAAGGAAAUUGAAAAUCAACCCAUAGGUUAAAAACUUUCAACCUCAAUAUAAUUUUGACCUGUAACAUUAUACCUGCCAACUCUCACGCCUGCGGGUUGAAAACUUCGAUCUCACGCCCGCUCACGCCUGCGGACCAAUUUCUCACGCCUGAUUGAAAAAUGUGAGUUGUUGUCGUCUUGCUGGACACAAUUUCCAAAAAUAUGUUAACUCAGACCCAUGUAACAAACGAAAACCAUGUGUAAAAUGAAUAAAUGACAAUACCUUCCUCACGAUCUCUGAUUUUGUGGAUAGGCGUUUUCUCGAUAACUUCGCCUUCGGCAGACUUCGGACGUCUUCGGCAGACUUCGGACGUCUUCGGAAGACUUCGGACUUCUUCGGGAAUCUUCGGAAAUGAUCGUGUCGUUUUCAAAAAUCCCAGCACUCCCAGGAUAAAAAUCUCACGCCUACAUCUCAGAAAAAGUUGGCAGGUAUAUAACAUAUACAUUUAAGUGUUGGUAAAUAAUUGUGAAUGUAUUGGUUUUGUUAGGAGAUAACAGUCAUAGGUUGAUUAACUGAUUGAUUGUCUAGGAUAUUGAUAAUAUCAAAGAAAUUUAAGAUAAUAUCUACAUAAUUAAAGUAAAGGAAGAAACUGAUUAGUAUUGCAGUGAAUUUGAAGUUCAACUACACUGAAGACUUAAAUGUAUUUGAUACUUUGUUUUACAGUGGCGUGAAGGAAACAAGAAUUAGCAAGCUUGCACGUCGGUUAAGCCAGAGAAGAGAUAGAGGGAGUAUGAGGUUAGACGAGGGAGUUGCAUGCAAAUUUUGUUUUGUGCAUGUGUGUUUUUCAUACUGCUUCGCUAUUUAUACAAUGUUCAUCUACUAUUUAAACUCUUUUUCCAUCUCUGCUCUUGUGUAUUCUAAUCAUAAAAAUCUUUAACUAAAUAGCUUCCUCUAUGAAAACCAAUUCGCUUCUCAGCUCAUCACAGUCUUUUAUCAGGGGUUCACAUUACCUGUUUCAUUGAUGAAUGUUAUGAUAAGUAAGCAACCUACUUUGGUUUGUUUUUCUCCACUUACAGAGGACCCAUUUUUUUUCUUCAUUAGGAAUCAAGGAAAAUCACACAGUUUAGAAGAUUUAGCAUCACCAGGAAGUUUACACGGAGGUAGCAAAUCACCAAGGUUGCAACGUACCAUGUCAGUCAACCAGCGCUCCUCUCCUCGCUCACGGUUUUCUGUCCAAGAAAAUAGAUUCAGUUUCAAUAACAGAGGUAAGUCUCUGAAAGAACUGAGCUUUAGAGAAAGUAAGUUACAUGCAAUUGAAUGACCAAUUUUACUUUAAGGGGCGUACUUAAUCAAAAAUCAAUAUUACUUCUCAAAUCUAAAACGGGCAUGUAUAUGGCCUUUCAUAUUGUAUCAUCUGCAUCCAAGCUAUCAAUGACCUUGGAAACCAUGGUAUAAUAUUAUCAUGUGUGGUAAUUAUCAUAGCCUGGGGAAACAUCCGCCGUCUCUCCCACUCCUUGCUGCUAUGGACGUCUUACCAGGAGGGUCAUCUGCACCUCAGCGACAGAAAUUCGAGAAAUGAAGUGUUCAUGGCUAAAAUAAUAUUUUUUUUAGAUUUUAAAGACAAGUCAAAGAAGAGGAAAGAAACCAGUGUUGAUGGUAAGUAAUUUUUUUAUGAUGCCUCAUUUCUUUUCCUAUUUCAUGAAAAAAAUAAUUAAUUAUUUUUAUUAUUAAUUAUUGUGAUGUAGAAUAAAUUCAUCUUGGCUAAAGGUACUAGUAAAAUAGUAGAUAAGUAGUAAAGUAUUACUUUUGUCAUUCUUUCACAGCUCUAGUGGAUGCUAUUGUUAGAAAGGAAACUGAUGAAAUUAGGAAUAUUUUGGAAUCAGAGGAUAUAGACAUCAAUGGGUAAGCAUAAUCAAUUUCAACUCAUUUGUAUAUAUGAGAUUAACAGGUUUCUUUUCUCUACAAAGACAACAUUAAAAUAAUUAUUAUGGGAGGGAGUUUUUGCUUUACAUUACACCUGUAUCAAUUCACUAAUUUAAAACAGUGCAUCAAGUAAACUAAGGAAAUCUCUCUGAAAAUUAGAAUCAGAAUGCAUUAUGUCAAAUGUCUAACCAAUUUGUUGCAAAACGUUAGAAACCAUGCACAAUCAGUGACAACAGUACACUGUAAUUGACACACUUGUCUAAGACAUGUUCUAUUAUUAAAAAUUUGAUUUGAACAUAUAGCAUUUAAUUCUGUUUAAACACCCGUAAAUCCCCCAACCCCUGAAUUAAUGUUGUUUGCAGUCGAAGAAAGACCUGAGAGUUAACAGAGUUGUCAUUAAGUGCCGGCAGCAGGCUAAAAUUAACGACUACUUGGAGGUUUGAGCCAUCUACUUUUUGGGAAAAAAGGGUCAAGUGAGAGAGUGAGAGCCUGAAAUUGCCCACAGCACUCAGUUACCAAACCACCUACUUUUAUAUUCUAGCUGUGUACUUUCAAAAAUUAAUGAGAACCCUGAGUUUAAAAUACAACAUUGAUUUGGGGGGAGGGGUGGGGGUUACACCAGGGGAGGGGACAAACAUUUUCACUAUGCAAAGGGGUCCUUUUUUUAAAGUGUCUCAACAUUUUUGUCCCUCAUUGCAGUUUGGAUCUGACUGCAUAUUACAUAGAGUUUGUAAGCUCAACUAACAGGUGAAAUAACUAAUUGCUGCCCCUUAAAAAUGCAGGGUUAAUGAUGACGGCUUUGCACCCCUUGAUGUUGCUGUCAUGCUCGGUUACCAUCCCAUCAUAAAAAUGCUUUUGUUGUAUGGUGCACAGGAAAGCUCCAAAUGUAAGUAGGAAGUAUUGCCGUCAAGGACUGUUGUAGUCUUUCCCUUUUAUUUAUUGUCAGUUUUCAAUAGGCCAUUUCUGAGUUCCUCCGGGCCUCUGUACUGUAUCAAAACAAGAUUAAGUGCUCAGCCUUUUAUAUGGAAAGGAUUUUUCAUUCCAUGCUCAUUUUCACAAGAAAGGCUGUGCACUUGGCCUUAUUUUGAAAGAGGGGGUUUGUGGAACUCGGAAGUGGCGUAUUCUCUGUACCUUCAUGACGUCUUGUUUGACGAAAGGUUUUAUUGCUGCAACUAUCUCCCUCAAACGUAAUGUUAACUUGCCAAAAAUAGUGAAUAAUGAUUUAAAUCAAUGUCUAUUCUGUUUACCUUAGUGAUCGCAUGAGUGGGUCAUAUUUUUGUAAUACCUUCCCUGACAGGUUACUUUUUUCAUUGGCAAAUAACAUCUUCAGUAUUUUUGAACUCUGUUCCUUUCCAAUUCUACUCCUGAUGUUGAAAAAAUAAAAUAAUAUAUUACAUUGUUUUGCAUUCUGUUAUGUUGUGUCAUGUUGCUCUACAUUAAAAUGAGAAUAGUAGCAAUAUCUGGGAUGAUUUUCUUUUUCUGCAACAGUACCAACUAGUUACCUCACAAAGCACAUUAACAUGUUGUUGAGGGAAGCUGAGCAAAGAGUGGACGAUCUUACAACAGCAGUGGUUCAUGUCAGUUAUACUACAUCUUCUGAAGUAAAGGUAACAAAAAACAACAUAACACCAGUAGAAACUCUAUAUAAUGAAGGGCCAAGGGGCUCGCAAAAUUUGUUUAGUUAUUUUGGAGUGUUUUUUUUUUCAUAUAUUUCACUAUUACUGGGCUAAAGAAAAUUGUUUGUUAUACUGAGGACUUCCUCAGGGGUUUCAAUUAAAAUUGAAGUCGCCAGCAGGUUUGACUAGAGUAACUGACUAAAUCAUCAUAGCGCUGUUAUUUUGAAACUUCAAAGCCCUAAAAUGCGAUUUCCAGCGUGCUGGACAAACAAGUGUGUUUUUCAUUCAAGAAAAUGUAGCUUUCAUUCAAGUUUCGAUUUAUCAGCCACCCAAUCAAAUCGUUCAAGCAAUUAACAAAUGACAAUAAUUCACUUACGUACAUUUGCACAUAAACAAAUUCUGGGUGAAUCUAUAUAGAAACAUGUCAAUAAUUGACUGAAAUAUGUCGUUCACAUGACCAAUUAACUAAAGCAUACCAUAAAUCCAGUGGUUCUGUGUGAAUUAGAAAACACAUAAUUACGUUUUCACUGAAAUUUUAUGAUAUAUUUUUUUGUUUAAGACAUUAUUAAACUUUAUACUCACCUCUUCUUUUGCGAUAAAAGUAACCGUUGUACCUGAGCAAAGUAGCCAACGCAUGAUUUAUUUGGUCAUCAUCGGUGCUUACGGCAAGCUCUGCUUCUCUAUGUAGCGGUUUGUCAUAUCAAGGUUCCACUGUAUGCAUGUUAUUGUGCUCUCUCAAAAACAGUGUCACGAAUGAAAUUGUUCAGUUACAACCUAAGCAACAGCAGAGGUGCAAAUAAUUUUUGAAGGACCUAUGUCCGGCUAAGUCACCAUUUUUGUUAGAUGAAAGUGGAGGGGGACAGGGGGGCGGGAGCCCGGGAGAACAGGGGGCGGGAGGGGUACGGGAGACGGGAGAAGAAAGGGCGGGAAGCGGGAUCUCUAUGAUGGCCGGAAGCGGGAGAGAAAUUCCAAAAGGCAACCUUUCGUUAAUUGUUACUGCUCAUCAUCCAGUCAAAGAAACGAACUCAACAACGUUUCUUGACUUCCAUUUAACGUUCUCCGAGGCCCUAAUGCGAGAAAAGUCAAAAAACGUAAAUUCGCACUCGGGAUUGAAAAAAGAGCAUUACUUCUGGUGAAAUUGGAAACCUUUCCAAGUCGGUUACAUCAUAGGUCACGAGUCCUCAUGAAUGAGGUGGCGUGACACAUGUACAUGUGUGUCGACUGUGUAAGUCGUGUCAGUGUCUCGUCUGUUUGACCUGUCUCGCAGGUAAUGCACCUAUCAAUGUAAAGCCGAAGGGGGUGGGGGGGGGGGCAUAGGGUGGGGAUUUGAUUGUCUUUGUUGUCCCUGGGGUAGGGCAUUUGACUGAUCUUGUUCUCCUGGGGGAGGGGAUAUUUGAAUCUUUCUUCGCCCGACGUGGACAUAUUUGACUGCCGACUCGCAGUUUCCCGCAUCUACGCUUCACGUACGCGCCAUACGGUUUGAAAAGAUCAGGAAGUCAUGGAGGCCCAUGAGAGCAAGCGAAGGCUGAGUGGACUUCACUGUUUUGUCUUCAAAUUUCGUUUGUUUUAGGGUGUUUUUGAUCAAUUGAACCUGUUAAUAUAAUGUGGUAUCAAAGUAAACGGAAGUAAAGAGAAACCGAGCCGAUUUUUGCAAGUACAGUUGAUUAGUGUAUGGCUCGUUCGCUACAAUCACUGAUAAAACUGACUUUGUUUGUACCCUUUACUAAGAACGGUAUAUCUAGACUUACAAAAUGUGGACUUUCUCGUAAAAGUUUAUGUAUUCUACCCAGUGUGACACGGAUUAUGGUUAAAACGUAUAAUUGCAGCUGUAACAGGAACAUGUAUCUUUGGUGAUGCAGCAACGUUUAUAAAAGAUUGCAGAGUUUUAUUUGGAGAUAUUUUUAUUGUGCCUUUCUUAGGUUCUGCCUUGGGACUGACAGCAAUGUGCAGCCUGGGGUGCGGAAAUUUGGUUGCAUUUGACUGGAAUGAUUUGCCCGUGGGCAGGGAAUUUGAUUGCAAAUUUUUGAAAAAAGUCAAAUCCCCCCCCUAUGCCCUGCCCCCCCCCCGCCGGCAUUACAUUGAUAGGUGCAUAAAAUGUGGUCAAAGACCAUUUUAAUCGGUCUAAGUAUUUUUCGGUGUAGUGUGGAAAAAUCCGUACAUGGAAGACCUUCCUAGGAGCUCGCUCCGUACGAUUGUAGUUUGCAAAACACUAAAGACUUUACGGCGUGGUGCAAACUUGUGUCCAGGGAAUGCAAAUUCACUGAUCGCUGGAGAGUGCGGAGUGGUUAGAUAUACAACGCAAUUUUUUUGUUUUGGAUAAGGCCAAAGCACUGCCUAUUAGAAUAGGAAGUCAAACAGCGUGGGGACGCUGUCCGGUUGGACUUCAUAGAUAACAAAGAAAAAGUAAUAACAAAAGAUUACGAAGUGCACGGUUGGUGUCAUUUCCUAGCACUUUGCACUGUAAUUUUAGAAACGUUCCCUCGACUCGGAGGAAGAGGAGGCAGACUUUACUGCUCUAACUAACAUUUGGAGUAGGAGGAGAUCAGUGCGACCUCCUCGGCGCAUGGAAGACUUUUUCUAGUUUGUUUACUGUAGCAAAAUACGGGCACUUUUUACACAUAUUGCAACCUGUUCCCUGUCCUGUUAUUUAACUUGUAAUAAGCCAAUAAGAGCAGAGCAUUCGUUUCUUCAAAUACUUCUUGUUAAAAUCGGACAUAGAUGCAUCAUUCCGAUGUAAAAAUGUAUGUAUAACCGUUAAACCUCCCCGCCGAUAUUUGAUGAAAGAUACAACUUCUCGAGCAAAUAUGAAUAGGUUUGAGAUUUGAUAACCAGAUAACAAUAAUACUCCACCAGCACUAAACUGAACGCUUUAAAAUGCAAACGGUUAACGAACAUGCAAUUAUUGUCUCGUUGAAGUCAGUUUUUAUAGCUUACGACUUCUUACGAAAAAUAACGAAAACUAACCGCGGUGGAUAUGCAAUUAGUACAAUUAGACGCUGGGAACUAGACAGGAGUACUGAACUCUACCGUAACGUUUGGCCCUUCGACUUCAUUUUGGCAUGAUCCCCGUAAUUUCGGGAUUCCCAAAUGCAUGUUAAUGCAUCUUUGAAGACUGCAAUAGCUAUUACACUGCACAGUGGACUGAGACUAUUGUCGCUGUAGUGGGAUGUCAGAAGCGGUUGUCAAACCUAGAUAACCAGGUUAGUGAAAACUCAGUUUAACCAAGAAAACUGACUAGUAACAAUUUUCAUCUUUGGCAAAUUACCCUACAGCUUUAACACUAAACCCGGGCUUCCGAUCUUUAUAAUUUGCAUGAUAACGGGAAAAAUACAAUAAAGGGCGGGAGUCGGGAGACAAAGGAACAAAAAGGUACGGGAGGCGGGAGAACGGGGUACGGGAAGCGGGAGGUUGUCACCCCCCUGUCCCCCCCCCCAUGAAACAAAGUAUUAAUGUGGUUGGACUCAAUCAAGGACACAUUACAUAGCUGUGAAAGGUUUGAACCUAGUGGUCAUUUCAUAAGUAGGUGGAGCAUGAUCUUCCGGAUAAUUAUAGUCCUGAAUAGGACUGUUGUUGUUUGUUUUAUUAAUAAUAUAACAUGACACUACUACAUCUAUACCAAUAAAGAACUACUACAAAUACACUGAUGUUGACAUUGACUGAGGUUUCGACAAUCUGUGUGGUAGUCAUGACUUCAAAGUGGGUUAUAUUACUUCACUUGAAUGUAUUAAAAAAAACAGACUGAGUUUAAUACCAUCAACUGACAGGAUACAACGCACUUUCACUCUGACGAUGACUCUGAACAGUAUUUGAUUAAUAUGCCUGUGGGGAUGACAUUUACCCAGGAGUCCUAAGCUGUACUACAUUAAACUGUAUUUAAUAUUAUAUAAAACGUCUAUUUAAAUAUUUAUCCUUGUUUGUGAUAUAAUUUAAUUUUUGCAGGAAAAUGAUAGACUUUUUCAAGAGUGGUUAUGGAGAAAACACCUACUGGAACAGAUGAAGAAAGGACUCUCAAAAAUAGGUAGUAAUACCUUUUGUGGUUUGCAGAAAGUCAUGAUUAAGUUCAUAACUAUCUGAGAAUGGUUAGGAAAGUGUGAAUUGGUGAAUUAGCCUUAUUAUUGCAGGGAAAGUACAAUACAGCUCUGUAUCUCACAGCACUUAGUGAUGAUAACAAUAAUAUUGCAAGAAACCUCUCUCUUAAAAUACCCACCAAAACUUUGUUACUCUAUUUUUCUCAAAUUUUGUUGGGACAGACUUUGUAAGAGAGAUUGAGUUUUGUUUCAUGAAAUGGGAGGUUUGAUAAAAUACCGUAAAAUUCCAAAAAUAAGCCCCUCCAAAUAUAAGCCCCCCAAACUGGUGAUGCAAAAAACCCUCCGUUAAAUCGCCCCUCCAAAUAUAAGCCCCCGGGGGGGCUUGUAGCUUGUACUUGGAAAGUUGCCCUCAAAUACAAAGUAAAACAACACAAAAACGGUAAAUUUACUUCCAACCAUGAGGCUAGCCCAAUCGAUUUGUGAACGCAAAUUUCCCUCUGUAGAUAAGCCUCUCCAAAUUUAAGCCCCUCCAAAAAUAAGCCCAUCAAAAAGAGCCUUUGAAAAAUUUAAGCCCCGGGGCUUAUUUCGGAAUUUUAUGGUGUUGCUCAAAAGGGUUUUCAUUAAAUGUAAUUCACUAACUCCGUAGGAGGCCCAGAACAGGGAUCUCAGUGCUGCUUUGCAGACUUUACUAACUGGCCGGGGUUAGAUUAUAUCUGCGACACAGGCUAAUAAUAUUGAUGUUGACAUACAAAUGAAAUUUCAAGUAAUAUCUCCUAUUAUUGUUUGUUUUUUUGUGUUUGUGUUUUCUUAGGUCCACCUGAUAAGCCAAGCAGUGUAACGAUAUCAGUUGCUUCUGAAGACUCUCUUCUUGUUAGAUUUAUUGAACCACUUGAUGAAAAGGUCAUUGUAUCCAAGUAUAAAAGUGAGUAUGAAUAGCGGGUGAUUGUGGCCUCCCCAACCCCCAAACUCGCAUCUUACACAUGAGAAUUUCACAAGUUCAACUGUGUUUUCACUAUUCUUUUGAAAUUUGACAUUCAUUUUCUUGGACUCCCAUGAGAAAUUUUCUUUGGUGUUAUUACAGAUGAGUAAUUACAUCUUUAGGCCUUGAAAAAUGUAAAAAAAGAAUGCAAUAUUCUUUAAAUUAUUAUUCUGGUACAAGAUUGUUGUCCACUGAGAAUUAAAAUUACUCAAUUUCCUGGUGGAUUCCGUCUUAAACUUUUUGCUUUGACUUGGAUCUUUCUUUGCUGUUUUAGUUCAAUGGAGCAAGUCCCCAGACUUUUGGUUAUUGGAAGGAGAAUAUGUACUCCGUGAUGUUCGGUCACUAGAAUACACUAUCUGUCAUUUACAGAAGGUAAGCGCUUAUCAAUAUUGGUCAGUUUCAUUUUUAGCUAGCAGUGAAUGGUACAUUAUUUGUUUAUGAGUGACUCUUUUCUUACACUUGGUUGGUUCCUCCUAAACAAAGCAUGAUAGGCUGAUUUCUCAUUAAAGCUUUUGCUUUGGAUAUUAAUACCAGCUUAUUUUAUUAUUAUUAUUAUUAUUAUUACUAUUAUUAUUAUUACAUGAUAACAUGUUUAUGUCCUUAUUUAGAGUACCACCUUAAAUGUAAGACAUAUAUAAAGCCCUGUGCAAAUGGAUGCAACAUUGUUGGCCAACAACUCCCAACACUGUUUGAUGUUACAUGUUGCGUCCAUUUGCUUACCGUGUUGCAUGUUCUUGAAAGUUGUAUGAAACAUUUCCCAACAUUGUUGUUUGUAGCCUGUCAAUGUUGGAUGGCUGCGACAGAACUCCUGCAUACCACAGAGUGAUACUUAGUGCCCUUUCAUUUUCUGUCUCAAACACAUAGUUUUCCAAGAAAUUGCUCUGAAAAUCUAUCUUUAUAACUUUCGAUGCUAUCAUUAAAAAAAAAGAACAAGUCCACAACAAAAUGACUUUUGAAAUUGCUUGCCUUGACACAUUUUUAGUGAUGGUGAUUUGUGUGGGUAGGUUACAUUAUCCAUCUUGGAUGUAUAAUGUUCAUUUAUUUAUUAUUGUUUAUUUUCUUUUAUUAUUUUCUAGUCUGUGUCAUAUUAUGUUCGAGUUUGCUGUGGAAAUCUUAAGAGUUACGGUUCAUGGUUGGAAUCCAGUCCACCUUGUGCAAUGCCAUCAAGUAUGCUUAAUAUUUGUAUUACUUUUAUAUUGUUAUAACAUAAUGCCAACCACUAUGAGAAGUGUAACUAAUUCACUAUUCAUCCAUGUGUGCACAAAUUGUAAAGCAGCAGCACUGGUACUUUUUUUAGUGCCAAUAAAAAGGAUUGAACUACAAACUUAUGUAGUUCAACACAACGUUAGUUAGAGGAAGGACCAUCAGACGUAUAUUGCCAUAAUUCAGGGGGACACCACUCUUGAUUGGCAUGACCCACGUGAUGUAUGACCAAUUUUAAGUGUUUUUUACCUUGAGGUUUUCCCUCUAUCUCUCUUUCUUUUCUCUGUGUCCUUCCCAUUUUUAUGAUAUGCCUCCAAUAAUUGGAGGCAUAACAAUCACAGCUUUUUCUCACUGAGAAAAGAAUUUCCAAACCUGAUACCAUUCUAACUUGAGUAAAGUCUUCUUAUUUACCUAUACAUUGUUUUUGCAGCGUGGCAUGAAGUAGAUGAUUCUAAACCUCGCUUCCAAGGUCGACUAAAUGUAAUAGACGAUUUAUUCAGUCGGGUGUGGCAAAGUCAUGAGGAGUUUUCGCCAGUGAAACCAAUAUUACCCCACAGACCUCGCAGCAACACAUAUGGCAAUGAAACUGGUGAGAAGCGCAGCUUGUGAUAAUAUUAAAAUUCAGUAAUAAUUCUCUAAGGUUUUUUACAGCCAAUAGUCCAUUUGCACGAUGUUGUCUUUUUACUACUAAGACCAGGAUUCAUUUCGUCUCUUCUUUCAUAUUUAAAUUUGUUAAUCCCAUUGAGGUUUAAAUAACAAAACCCCUAAUUUGCACAAGAAAGCACAACCCUGAAGGAUUCUGGUAGUAGUAGUAAAAUGACGUCAUCGUGCAAAUGGCCUAUUUGGGAAGUAGUCUUAAUGUGUUGAAGCGGCCUACAGUGUUGGAACAGUUACGUCACUCUUUCUUUACUAAUAAAAAAUUUGUCAUAAUCAUGAGGUUAUGGUGUCAAAUGUAACAUAUAACAUCCAAGGAUAGAAUUUGAAGGACGAAAGGACGAAAGUUUUGUUGUACUUAAUAUUUUUUGUUUACUUUUUUUGCAUGCAGGAUCUGAUGGUGGAGUUUCCCCAAGGACAAGUAGGAAAUCAGCCAUGAAAAAGAGCCUUACAAAAUACACCAAUUUACUCUUCCACUCAGCGCCAAAAUUUGCUAGAAAUUUGAAAAGGUAGGAUGUUAGAGAAAAUCUCCAACUUCCUAAUAAAAUGUGAACUGGCAUCAGUUUGCUUGCCUUUUAGUCUAAGUUGCCAAGACUGGGGUUCAAAUUGAAGCCUUCGUAUGUGGAGGUUGGGUGUGAUUGGGCUGUCUUUGCUUCUCGUUGACUAGAUCCACCAGGGUUCACAAGUGUGUCUUUGCAACAUAAUUCUAAGGGACGUCCUGCCAGUUGCCGUGUUAUAAGUGGGUACUAGCGAUAAACCACUGGAGGUAACCUUGCAACAGACAAACCCCCUUCUCUGCAUCUGUAAAUGAUUAGACACUCUAUUCUUCUGGGGUAAUAAAGGAUGAAAACCUAGGUGCCUCAGCAUUUUCACUGAUCCUAACUCUCGUGGGAUGUCAAAAUUUAUAUAAAUAUAUUUAUAUACAUAUAUACUGUACUUAGACUCCGGAUGGCGUGGUCAACCUUUUGUUGGUUUGGAGGGUAAAUGAUGGGUUGAUUUCAAUAAUUGUGAUGAAAGUCCUAACUGUGAGGGCCUCUUUGUUAUACAGUGUGUGAUGUACUGAUACGGGGCAAAAAAAUAAUGUCAUUUUCUCUUUCAGAGGUGUGUACCUGGCUUCCCUUUUAUUCACUGAUGAUGAAAAGCUUCUUGUAACGGUGGAUGAAAAUAUCCCAAUAAUUGAAGUGGACGACAAUCACCCCAGCACUUUUCUUCAAGACUUCUGCUGGUUCAUGAAGGUACAAACUGCCAUCAGCUGUUGUCCUUGUGGAUUAUUGUUUUGUCCUAUGCUUGUAACACGAUGCCUUGCUUUUUCACCAUCUCAUUUGUGUAUUCCUACGCAUAACGCCUUCAACAUUAGUCUGCACCCUUUUCCAUCCCCUCCUUUUGUCAUAGGUGAAACGCCAGAAAAUUUACAGGAAAAACUGCUUUGGUUGUUAAUUGGCUAUUUUACGUCAAAACAAAUGCAAGCCGCAUGUCUCGGACUCUCUUCCCCUCCCUUACAGAGUCUCUUCUCCCCCUCCCCCAGAGUCUGUACGGACGUACGGUCAUAAUCAAAUUUUCUUACAUCAAUAGGCUUCCAAUUUUUAUAUCAAUACUGGCUCCGCUAUUAAUAUUCAGCACGACGCUUAUUACAGGAAUUUGCAAAUUCCUGCAGAAAAAUUGAUCGAUUUUUUUUUCUUGUUUUGUUUGGAUUUUUUUAUGUCAGUUACAACAGGGUACCUAAGUACCUUUUCUUAACUGCACCAUCUAACAAAUAAAACAAAAAGAAAGCCAUAAGAACCACUUACAAGGCCGUUAAUGAUUAUCUUAUCUCAGGUUGCGUGUACGUGGAAAGAUGUGAAGAAAUUAAAACAUGAGAUUGAGAAAAAAUCAUCAUCAACGUCAGUACUGUUUAGAUGUAAACUACUCCAAGCUGCUGAUACUCUUCAGGUAGGAGCAGGUUUAUGUCUACAACGGUUUGUAUAUCAUUUUAUCAAAUUGUUGUCUGCAUCGCUAAGCAAAAGUUCAAUUUGGUGCAUGGGGCUUUUUCGAGUUCGUCAGAACGCAUCUUAAUCUGGUGUUCCUGUGGCACCAAGGAAGAAUUUUCGAGCUAUCACGGGCGACUGCAAAUUAGCCGCCCCUAUUGAUUUUAUCGGGGGCACCUCCGCCGGGAAACUGGACUCCUUUCGACUCGAUUUCGUUUCCGUAAUUUUCCGUAAGUGACGAACGCGGAUCCUUAAUCAAAGAUUACCUCUAGUUGAUAGGUAGUACUUUCGGAUUUGAUUCACUUUCACACCGAGUUCUACAAGUAUACUGCAUGACCUUGCAUGUUUAAUUACUCGUCAUCACUGUAUUGCUAGACAGUCAGACACCAUUCAGUGGCUUCUAUUGAGUUUUAAGAUUUAAUCUUACAAGCGCAUUGGCGAGAGCGCUUGCGUGUCACCAUUAUCGCCGGCUAUACCCCAAGUUAUGGGAAUUUCCUCCCUCUCUAAAAAAAAAGAACUUCUCAUGAAGCAAGUUCUUAUUAGCUACUAGAUGUUCUGUGGGUAACCCAUUCGCGUUUACAUUUAAUGUUUUUACACAAUGCAUAUUUUUUCUCACUCUAUUCAUACCGCCAAUGAUAAUCGAAAGUUGCGUGUUUUUGUCAUUGUCUUCAGGGAGCUCUUGGCAAGCAAGACCUCGGAAGACUGCACCACAAGCCGGUCAAAGACAGGAAUGGCAGUACUCUGAUUGUUGCUGUCAAUUAUGUUAUAGUAAGUAGGAUUUUAGUUCUGGUAAAGCUGCAACACAAUUGAACUUUUGGAGGGCGGGGAGUGAAGAAAAAUGCGUUAUUGGCCAAGUCUGAGGUCAAGAUAGCUGGAUAUUGGCCACAAUAACCGUCUCUCCCCCAACCCUCUAAAAAAAAAAAAAAACUAGGCCAAUAUACAGCCAUCUUGACUGAACAAGCUUGGUCAAUGGACCUUUGUCACGCGGCGGCCGUUUUGUCUCAGGAGACUGACUUACUGACAGACUGACUGACAGAAUUAAUAAAUGGAUGAAUGACCGGACGAACGAACAAACGAGUAAGAGAUGGAUCAGCUCUAGCACGUUUUCGCCUGUGCAUGCAGCAGGAAUGUAUGAAAACGUGAAUCAUAUACUGACUGACUGACCUAAUAAAUGAAUGAACGAACGAACAACCGAACGAAAGAGCAAGUGAAUCAACGAGAGAUGGAUCAGCCCUAGUGCGUUUUCGCCUGAACAUGCAGGAGGUUAGCCAUGAAAGUGUAUAUUCAUUUGAAAGUCGCCUCUUAUUUCUUAAACGCUGGAUGAUAAUCAAGCCUGUAAAAGGCGAAUAGCAGCAGUGAUGUAGUUUUAUCGAUUGAACUGCACGAUUCAAAUUGAACGUACAUACACUACGACUUAAUGUACCCGUCAUUCAUUCGUAAAAUAAGUUCAUUUUCUUCAUGUACUGUCAUGAUCAGCAGGCAAGCUCCUUCAAGCCACGUAUCAUGUCUUUAAAGUGGUUGUCUUUAAGUAAGCUUCAAAAGAAGAUACAGACUUGUCCCCUGCAAGCAGGCUUACAGGAUGAGCUGUUCUCUGCAUCAGAGAUGCUCCUCUCUUCCGUUCAGGUCAGAACAAAUCUCACUGCAUAAAGCUGCAGUAAAACGGGCUACAAAAUAGUGCAACUUGUUUUGCAAAAUUGCUGCAAAACGAAUUAAAUAGCGAUGCUGCGCGUUGUAGCGCCUGCGAAUCAGACCUGUCUCGCAGCAAACCAGGUUGUGGCAGGUUGCGAAAAGUUGUUGCAAAGUUGAGAGCAGUUCUAUUUUUUCUUGCAACAAAAUCUGUACAUGUUGCGCAGGCAAACCUGUUUUGCAGCAAGUGACGCAAGUCCUGGGUAUGGCGUGACUCCCUCGUAAUUUUAUCCAAUCUGAUGUCAGUAUUCACACAACUUGCAACAAUCUAAUUUAUUGCAAGGAAGGUUUGAGCGUGGGUGGUAAAACGCACAUCAUCGCUUUUGAACUCGUUUUCCAGCAAUGUUGCAAAACAAGUUGCACGUUUUUGCCGCCCGUUUUACCGUACAUUAAAGUACUUGGUACACCGCUACUUACUUAAUUAAAUACGCAGGUCGUACUCAGUCAGUACACACAAAGUUCUACGUAACGUAUAGGGAUGAAUGAGGUUUCCCAUUACGACAAAAUUACCGUUCACCACAGUGAAAAGCAUUGCUCAGGAAAUUAAAUUGCGCAAAAUAUACGAAUUUCAUCCAGGAUCAAAAGUAAAUAAUAGAUUACAUGUUUCAAGUCACUCACGAGCUUCUGUUAUGCGGUACGUGCAGUCUUGACCGGAUUGUUUUUGUCUUGAAAGGCAUCUGUAGUUGAAAAUCACAGUCAAUUCUUCAUUAAUUUUUUCCUUUUAUCUUUUAGGAAAAGAUACAAUAUUUUGAAAACAGUAAAAAGUGCCUCGAAAGGUGAGAUUACUGAUUCGAAAUUUUAAGGGAGGAAGCAAAACUGACACAAUACUACAGAGGUGGCAUUUUUUCUCAAAUAUUUCGAACAUAAACAAAUUUUGAUUCUCAAUUUCUGGUGAACUAAAAAAACCCACGCUGGCGCUAAGCGAUUUGAAAUAAAAAGCUCUUUUUUUGCUUCUUAAGUGAUUAUGUUUCACAAUGGCAACGAAGGUGCCGAAAAGAAUGAGUGUGAAUGCCAUUUUCAUAGAGUUAAAAGGAACCAUUGGGGUCGGUUUGUUGACUAAAAAAAAUGUGUUAGCGUACAGCCAGUGUAUUUGGGGAUGGGCUGGGGGAGGGGGGGCAGUGUGGUUCAAAUCUAAAGAGACAUACUGAAGGGUAUAUGGGUUAACCUUUAAAAAGGCAAACAAAUCGCGAAAAUCGAGGGGAUAAUUUACUUUUCGUCAUCUUUAUCAUAAUCUUCUUGGUUUUAAAAAGUCUUAGCCUGAUAAGAAAACGAUGAAUCGAAUAACUUGACGCUGAAGGAAACGACAUUUUGUUUCUUGAAAGAUUGUUGUGUCAUCAUAAGUUGGUUAUUUUCUCUUACACAGGGGUCUUUACAUUGGGUAUCUGAAGCUCAGAACGUUUGUUGAUGCGAUUCACGUCGUGGUGCAGGAAAACUGUCCUAAUGUUCUUCCGCAUGUAAAGAUACGAGAUAACCCUAACGUGUCCAGGUGAGGAAAUUAUUAUUAAUUUAAUUUUAAAAUAUCCCAGAAAUUAUUCUGUAAUUCAUCAUUUCAAGCAGGGGCCUGACAUCACAAGAUGUAACUGAGUGGGAAAAAAAUUGAGCAAUCAAAAAAUGAAUCUUAAAAUGAGGCUUUUGGAAUGGUACCUUAGAAAGUAAAGGAAUAGGCUAUUUUUGUGUUUAGUGUCCCAGGCCUCUGUUUCAAAGCGAGGCUAAGUGCGAAUCCACUGAUAUGAAAGUGAUUUUUUAUUUUCAUGCAAAUAAAAUCAUUUUCAAAAGAAAGGUUUUUCACUUUCUUCGUUUAGCGAAAAAGUAGUGGUGACAGAAUUAUGUUAUCAAAUGUUAGAAGUGUAUUCAUUUUGCGAUCUUGAGAGGGCUUAACCUCCUUCAAUGAAAAUUUACUGUGUUAACUUUUCUGGUGAAUAAAUGUACAAUAAAGUUUCCAAGGGUAUCUUUUUUUUUGGAGAGUAUGUCCUCAAAUCUAGAGGGUCUCUGCACUGAGAAUCGUCCUGAAACGUGAUUCAAACUCGUGUAAUUUUUGCGUCUGCAGAGAGGAAUGGCAGUGGCUUCAAACACUAGAUUCCUUGAAGGUGAGUUGGUUUAACAGAAGAGGGGUAUGGUGCCAGUAUGUGCCAACAUUGCCUCACAACAAUUUCGAUUUGCGUAUGACCGUUUAAAAGGCGCUUGUAUUUUAUGUACAUUAACUUUUUUCCCAAACUUUGAACAUUUGAAACAGCUGAAAGAACUGAAUGGCGUAGAUAAAUUAGGAACUGAACUAGAAAUUGCUCAGAACUGAAAACCCCUUAGCCUUUCCUUCCCAAAAGAAGACAUUUUUGUAUACACGAAGUCAGCGGUGACAGAUGUAUCAUCGCGUGCGUGUAAACUAAUUUUAUAUAUGAAGUCUUCAGAAACAAAACGCAGAAGAACACAGAAUAGCAAAGCUGCGUAUUUGGAAAGAAAUCAUUUAUGAGGCAGGCGUUAAAAAGGAGAAUGGGAUUUUUAGUCGUGAGAAGCGCGGAGAGAGCGCGAAGCGUGAAAAGCACAUCCCUCACACGCACCUCUAGAUCGCGCGCGUGCAACUUCCUUAACCAGCUGGACACGCAGGCUAAUGAAACUGGGAAGUAAAGAAUACAGAAAACAAGGAAGACUAAUAGAAAAAGGUUUUGGCAUGUUUAUAAUAAGAGUACUCUUUUUUUGUGCAAAGGAGGGAAUACAAGAGCCAUCAAAAACGGCGCAUGAAUUUCAAGCUCUAGUGGCCAAAGCCGCCGAAUCUUUAAUGGAAAAAGUUGGAAUCAGUAAAGAGGUAUGCUACUUACUGAUAGAUGAUUAAAGAAAAUCUCCUCUGUAAGAACAAACUGACCUUAAAUUGUUCGAAAGAAAGUCAAAAUUCAUUUCUUUUUGUCAAGCUAUGGAAAAGAAGAAGCUUAUAGGAAAGUCGCGUAUUUUUGUACAAAAUUUGGAUUAUUUUUUUUGGUUGCUGCUAUUGUUCUGUAGGGGAAAAAGGUCAUUCUAGACAAGCGAUUAACGUUAUGGUUAUUAAUUUAAAAUUGAAGAUGGCCGAAAUUCCAAUCCAAUUUCUUGUACGUUUACACUUUUUUCCACUUCUUUCCAAACUUGACACAGACGCCAUCUUGUACAAAGUGAAAGGAAUAAAUAAAUUGUCGCGCUUUAGAAUAUUAUUUACACCUUCAAAUGUUUGGUUGUAAACUGCCAAUACAAAAACAGAGACAGAGAAGCAGUACUUGUCAAUAGUUUACAAGUGAAUGGCCACAUUUGAUAGCCUACUAAGCAGAACAACUGAAGCGUAUUGUUUAGUCGCUCAUUCGACUUGCUUAAAAUAAAAACAAGAUUUUUUUGUUGAUUUCUAGCCUAUACUGCAGAGGUGACUCUCGUCGUGUUGUUUUUCUGUUUGUUAGGCGUCGCAGCUUCACAGAAUAUACGACCGUGAAGUUGUUGAACUGGACGAGAAUGUUUCAUUUAUUAUCGUGUUUCCCCCUCCGGAGGAAGUGUGCAGUGCACCAGGGCAGCAGGACUCGCUCUCAUCGCAGAAAAACUACAUCUCUCUGUCAGUUCAAACCUUUGAAAUGAGUAAGUUGUUGGUACUUUGCUCAGUUAAAGGAGCUGCAUAUGUCACGAAAUUUAUCAAAAUUCAAAGGAUAGGUACUGCCACCAAACUGAGUGAAACUUUAAAAUAGAGCCAUUUUCGUAUGAUAUUGAAAUGAAAACGCGCGAGCAAAACAAAAACCACAAACGCAGGGAAGUAGAGCGAUUUGAUUGGUUUCGGUAAGUGUUGGUUAUUUGUUUUAUCAGCCAGUGGGUGAAAAGAUCGAAAAAUGGACUCUUCGUUUUCCCGCCAAAGAAAACCCUAGUAUGGAGAAGGCAUUGUUCGAUUGGCCAAUCGUGUUGCAGUAUGACGUCAAAGCGAAGUACCGAUUGAUUUCUAGAAAGUUCUUCGGGCAUGAAGUUUUUUCGUCCGGGCGUUCGCUUAACCAACCAAAAGCCACGCGCGUUUGAAUCCGUUCGAUAACCAAUCAAAUCGCUCUAUUUCCGUUCGUUUGUUGUUUCUGCUUUGUCCGCGCGUUUUCAUUUCAAGGUCAUACGAAAAUCGCUGUAAUAGAUACCGCCCUAAAACAGCCACCUAAAGCUCGUUGGUGUGAUUCUCAAUUUACGGGGACAUCUCUGCUGCGGUCGCAGCAAUGUCCGUCGUAGAAAGAUUUGGCUGUAUAGCAAAAUAAUCCCGGGAAUUAACAAAAGCACAAUAACAUUCUGCUGCCUUAGGUUUGUUUUCAUCCAGGUCAUGGCCCCCUCUCCCCCGUUCCCGUAGGUUUGCUUUCAUUUAGACUCACAAUUCAUCGGGGGUACCGAAAGGCUAUGGCACUCCUUGCCCCCUCCCCCUCACAGUUGAUUGAGGGAAUUCUAAAGACGACUAUAACUUCGUUUGUUUGUUUGUUUGUUUUUUUCAGUUCACAUGUACACAUACCAGCAAGAAUUUAUCUGUCAUUAUUCUCGACUCUCGUCAGUUUUGGAUAUGGACACUGUUAUUUCACAGCAGUCACUAAGAGAGGUAGCGCACAAUUUGUCAGUUGAAUACGCAACUUUUGCAGUAGUGCAAAGGAAACUUGAAAAUUUUACGACACUCGCUACUUAUUUGCUACUGAUUUCGAUAUCAUAGUUGUUGACCUAAACCUUCUCGCGCAUUUGCAUUAUUAGCUUCGGCACAUGUGAUAGUGAAGUUCGACGUUUUAAAAAACCCUUAAUGAUCUGUCGUUCUUUUUUCUUCUUAUUCAAGGCAUUUUCAGCUCGCGAAGUACAGCUGGCUAAAGCACGACAGGACCAGCUUUUAAAUUUUCAGCGGGUGAGUAAGCAAGUAGCUAAUCAAGCCUUCCCUGGCAGAAUUAUUUUUCCAAGGUUUUGGGAAGCAAAUUGUGCGGAUUUUAGGGUAGUGCGCAUGAAAGUGUUGCCUACUACCAGGGUUGCCCACUACAAGGGUUAAAAAAUACUCGAAUUCAAAAAUGCUAAGUUGUAUGAGAACAACAUAAGCAGGAAGGGUCCCCCCGCCUCGUUUUCACCUGUAUCUGUAAAAUGGGCUAUUCAUUUGUGUGAUAUGUUUAUGGAAUGUUUUUGUAGGAGUUAGACGAGACAUGGCAGGGAAUGCGGUGGAUAUUAGACGCGCUUCAUUACGCCAGAGAUCGGCAGGUCCGAGGUGGAAUACCGCUGGUCGAAGUGUUCGACUAUUCGCUCUCUCAUGGUGAUGGCCAAUGUUGCGUUUGUUCGUCAGAUUUGAAGGGGAAAGUACUUUGCAAUGGGCGGAGUAAGUUAAUUACAUUAUGCCUCUCUCCUCCACCUCGAUUUCUAUCGCCCCCCCGCGCUUUUAAUUUUGCCUCUCGUCGACUGCAACGAGAACGGCAGAAAACCAAUAGGUUUAGAUUAGCAAAACAACAACUUUGCACGUGCAUCACGCUUCUUGGUACAAUUCUAUCGGCCGUUGUUGCCCGACUACAACGUGAAAGUGCCUAAUUUCACGUUUUGUCGAGGACGGGAACACAAGACAACAACUUUCUUAUUCUUUUCCUGAACUUUGAUACAGUCCUUUAGAAUUCAACUCCCAAAAAAAUUUGCAACAUUUGAUGAAUUGAACGAGAUGGAAUAAGCGCGAUAAAGUUUGAAACAGCGCAAAUUCACUCGUUGUAGCUUAAGCUCCCUAAAGAGGCCCCUUCGGAAGAGAGAGAGUUGAUACUAUGUGAAUGCAAUAAAACGUAUUCUUCCCAGGGUAAAACCAUUCCUAGCAAAUCGAUCAGUUUUUUAAAAAAUGUGUAAAGUUGGUAGAGCUUUAAGGGCCGAUUCCCUGGCGAAUUUCAGCGGAAUUUUAGCCUGGGCUGAAAUUUCGGUCCGCUCUCUGAGCCGAAAUUUUGCAGCAAUUACUCGACGAAUUUCAGCCGAGUUUAACCGAGAAGAUAAACUCAGGCUACAUUCACACGAAUCCUGAUACGUUUGGAUCAAUUCAGGUUUCUGGGAAACUGCCCACCUACCCCUCCCCUAACCCAACAUUUUCCUUUAAGUGUUGUGUAAGUGUUGAUGUUGACUUAGGGUCAGUUUCCCAGAAACCUAAAUUGAUCCAUUUUUGAGACCGCCUACUUUUUUUUUUACUACUUUUUUUUUUACACGAAUCGGCCUUCCGUCCAUCCAACGCGAAACCAGUGAAUCUGGACACCGAACCUGUUGUGUUUUGAAACCACUCUCCAGAACGGUUUAAGAACGGUUUUUUUCCACACGAAUCUGGAUAAAAAAUAAGCGGGUUUAAACAUGUCCGGAUUCGUGUGGACGGGGCCUAAAGACUGACGUUUUCUUGAUGUUGAUGUUAUUGUUUUUCUGCGCUAGUUGAACACGUGCGUUUUACAGCACGUGCAAAGGUGUUGAGCGUGCAGAGCUGUCGAAGCGAGCGUGCAGUAUGGUUGUUUACGAUUUUUUAAACUCCUCUGUCUCUACAACGUUGCAGGAAACAGCUUUGUACAAUUAAUUAAAAAAUACGAUGGAGUCCUUGCAGUCAGGUUUUCAACUUGAGCAGUUGAAACUGAAUUUAUUCUUUUGGGGUUGUUUUGACCCCUCAAGUUACCAACAUAAACGUAGAAUCACGUUUUUGACGGCUGCUGCUGCCUUAUGCGCUUACUGGCCCGAUGAAAUAAAAACGGCGUUUAUAUUUUGAGCAGUUCACGCAUGAGUCGUUUCAUUCAUGGUAUUAAUACUUGCGAUUAACUAUUUGCCAAGUAAAGAAGAAGUUUACCUCAAACUUACCAUAUGUAAUAAGCUAUUCCAUCAUUGCCAAAAGACUUGAGUUGCCAGAUAAAGUUCGAGUGUCCAGUGCAAGCCUAUUUAUUGUGCGUUUAUUGUCCUCAGGUUCAGUGGUGAAUAGUCCAAAACUUGGCGUGAUUCAAAUUCAUACGGCGGGAGAGACCAGCCUUCCUAACGGAGCAUCUGUUACGGUAAAGUAAUAGGAAAUGUUAGUAACGACGACGGUGACAGCAGCGAGAGCGUCAAAGCGCAAUAAGUUAACAAACAAAACGAAAAAAAGUGUGCUGCACGUGCAGCACACUUUCUUUGCACGACUGCGACGUGACGUAAUGCGGCGUUUUACGUAAACACAUGACAAUGAUAAUCUGUGCGUGUUGUCCUUCAGCAGCAUACAGCAUUGGAAAAUAGCAGUAUUAAAAAUCAAAUGAGUCCUCUAACUGCUGUCAAAUUGAAAUAAAAGUUAGAAAUCCGAGCUUUCUCCAAUCGACGGCACCAUUAGGGAUUUCUUUCUCCUUAACUUGGGUUGGAUACCUGAGAAUUCACUCAUUCAGUCAGUCCGCCAUUUAACGUCGCAUUAGGAAAUUUCACGUCGUAGUUGUGCAGAAGGCGGCAAAGAAAUGUACCAAAAAGUGUGAUGAACGUAAUAGAGUUAUAUAUUUUUUUUUUCACGUUGUGGUUGCGUCGCCGUCGUUAGUUAGUGAGCUCCUAAUCUCCUGAUAAUUAAAUUGUAGAUCACACUGACUCAACUGUUUAACUACUCGACAAUUUUAGGUAGACAUGAAGAGAUACGUUGAUAGGGUGAGAACUCAGUUCAGUAACUGGUUUUUGCUUGAAACGUUAGCUAGCGUUCGUAAUUGAGGAGGAUUUAGGGUAUAAAAACAGUUACUCACGUUAUUGACGACAUCUCCCGAGCAUAACGUCUUCCCACUCUAAAGAACCGCACUGAUACAUGGAGUGGUCCUGAUAUCGUAUAUGACACAUCAAGUGUCAUUCAAGAUCGCGAGGAAAGGGAUGGAGAAACGUUGCGAAAAAAACCGCGUGGGGCUGGGGAGAGACGGAGUCGUGGAGUACUUCGGCUGUCGCACACUGAUUUAAAAAUAGUAUAUUUUGUUCUCUAUAGUUUCUUGUAUUUCAUUUUUUCUUUGUACCAGAAUGGUGUGACCUAAAAGAUGAUGAUGACCGAGAGCCUGGCACAGGCUAGUGUCAUCGGUCAUCUACGGAUAAGAUAUGUCACGUGACUAAAAGAAUCCGGAUUCAAGUCCAAUCCCCUUAAUACGGAUACCCCGAUAUUACGGACACUUUCUAUGGUCCCCGCAGUGUCCGUAUUAACGGGGUUUGACUGUAAUGAGGAGUCCGUAUCAAGCGGGUGUCCGUUUAACCCUUUAAGCCCUAAGAGAGAUCAGCAUCAAAUUUCUCCUUGUGAUAUCAUUGUUUGUAAAACAGAGUGGUCAUGAGAAUUACGGACAUGAUCACACAAGAUGAAUUUGCUUGAUAUUUUAUCAACUUCUCCCCACUAUUUCUGUAGGAAAUGUAAAGGGGCAACAAAUGAGAAUUCAAAUUUUGAUCUUAGGGUUUAAAGGGAUAAAGUGCCAACUGUAUUUCUAUUGUUCUAUUAGCUCCAUGUCACUCCCAACACAAGGGCAGACCAGGUAGUGAAAAUGGUCGUGCAACAGCUUCACAAGAAAUGUCAAGACAGAGACAAAUCUGUGCCACGCCGGCAUACACAACUUUCCGAGCAGAAAACAAAAGACUUGUGUCUAGUAGCGGUGAUUGGUGGACAGGAAAAGUGUUUUAGAGACGAUUUUAAACUCCUUCAACUUCAGAACCCUUGGCGACGAGGAAAGCUGUUUCUGAGGUUACGUUCAGAGGCUCUUGCAGCAUCGUCUUCUGGUUAUUUUACAAGCGUUUGACUAAUAUAGAGUAAAUAGUAACGGUCUGUUUAUAAAAUAGUUAUAAUUUAUUAUGAAUUAAGAGAUUUUACCCCCCUAAGAUCUAUAGGGGUUCAUCUUGUACAGGUUAACCUUUAGGGUUGCUGAAUCCCCAAAUACUUUUUUUACUAUUCCCUGAUCUCUAAUGACGUUAUGUAUACGCACCAUUGAAUGUCUGCCGGAAAUAACACAGCAACAAUUAGGCUAUGUCUGCACUAUACCGGUAGCUGUUGCGUUGGAGUGUCAACCAGCAUAUGGGAAAGGAGUUUCUGUUCGCGCAUGAGAAUAGUGAUUUCAGCGCGGUUUCUUUAACGGAGCGAAACGCCGCGCGGGAUAGGUUUCUCUGCCACUCUUUGGCGCAGUGUGAAUAGAAGUGUUCUCACUAUAGAGUGUAGAGUGUUUUCACUCACGUGACCAAAAUCUAUGCAAAUUUUUGGAACAAAAGAAAGCGUUUACAUAACUUAAGAAAGGAGUUCAACUCCCAGAGAACUGGUUUGGGGCACCAACAUGGCCGCCGUUUCAUUGUUUGGAACACCAAUAUGGCCGCCGUGACGUCAUGUGAAAACACUCUAUACCGGAUAGGUUUAAAUGUCGACAUAAAAAAGCUGUACGGUGUAGUGUAGACAUGCCUAUGACUGUGUCUACACACAUGUCGUUAACGUAUACAAGCGUCUAUCCACAAGUGGACUUGUAAAGCACUUAGAUGGCCCUCGUAUAACAAGUUGAAACUUGUUCAACGGAAGAGAAACUUGUCUCCGUUUUCGGUUCUUCUGUUCCAGGCGUUUUGAUAGAAGGGAAAAUGGCACUUCCCUUUAUCUGAAAUCCAGGGACAGGAAAAAAUGUAGCCUGUGAAAACAGCCGACAUUGCUCGACACCACGAAUGGUUUCCCCGCGAAAUACCAUGCUGAUGACGUGUCACCAACCAGUUUGGGAUAGUGCUUCUGAUUGGUCAUGCCGCAAGGGAGAUUUGUCUCAACCAAUCAGAAGCACUAUGAAAUUUCUGCGUUCGCUCCUCGGACUUUACGCGAUCCAACCAAAUCUGAUUUCGCCUGGUUUUUGCGGUUAUUUAAGCGGUAAAUAAUUUUCGUUCGUUUGAGCGAAGCGAAUUACAACGUAAACCACUUUUAUGAGUUUAUUGUUGGAUUUGGUCUUGUAACUGUUAACAUUCGUUUUUAGAAUCGUACUCUUGUUUUUUUUUGUUGUUGUUGUUGUUGUAGUUUUGUUUUUCCCCAGUUCUCGUUAUAUUCGAACCUUUCGGUACGAUAUUAUUGGUGUUUUUAGAAACUUAACUAUAAAUUGUCUUUCAAACAGUAUUUUUGCGUCGUUAUAUGAGGGCUUUUGUUUUUUACCUACGUUUGAACGCAACCCCCUCACUUCGUUUCCUUUCGUUUGAUCAUCGUUUAAAGAAAUGUUCUUAUGCUUGGAAAAACUUACAACUCUUGACUCGUUACUGAAGAGAAAAUAUGUAAAUAAGAAAAAUGUGCGGGGCUUCAGCAAGAUAAACUUAGGUGGCAGGUAGCAUUCAUACGUGUGUUACAAAUCUCGUCUGGAUGGAGGAGAUUUGUGGCAAUCUUGUGCAAGCUGUUAUCAGAACACAACCAAUUGGAUAAACCCUAGUUACGCAAGAUGGGCGAAUCCAUCGUGAAAAUUAGACCUAACUUUCAAGUGUAAGUAUAAAGACAGAAGUUGAUGAUAAGACUAUUUAUGAAGUUUAGUAUGAAAAACCGUAAUAAACAAAUAAUAUAAUGUGAGAUUUGUACAUAACCAAAGUUGUGCAGGCCAUAAUAAAGUGUAUUGAAUUAUUUUUCUCUUCUUCAAUUGCUGACUUAUUCCCUCUUAAAGCUGAAUUUGGUGCACUGUUUGAGGUUUGUCAAACAACGAAUUUAUAGACUGGUAAAAACUUGGUCAUGUGAUGGAAAAUAGUAAGAGGGGGGUCACCGAUCGUUGCUCUCCGCGAAAGUCAUAUCUGGCUAAAAUCGAGCAAAACGAGACCCAACCCAUACCCUUUACCCGCAUAAAAUGACUUAAAACGUAAACAAGACUACCUCUUAUUCUUCUAUCAAAAAACUGUUUUUUUAAUCCACCGAAGCGGGAGCCCAUUUCUGAUCAAAGAAAUUGGGCAGUUCUUGAGUGAAUAUUUUGGUCACGUGGUACAUCACGUGACCAAAUUACCUUUUCCUGUUUUGGGCAAUGUACUAAAUGACCGGCCUAGUACCCAGGCGCUCGGCUUGGUCAAACCUGGAAUCUACUUUUGCGCGGUGACGUCACCUAGAGAGUCUUGCGUCACUCGCCCACCUCUUCCCAGACUUCACGCAGACAACAGGGCAAGAGAGCACGCCUUGGCACUGGGCUGCGGAAUGACGGCUUUUUUUUAAACUUCUCGAAUGCAGCCCAUUUCUUUCCCUAUCAUUAUGUGAAAUCAUACUUCAAAUUUUGUAGCAAACUCUUGUCUGGUAAAUUUCAGAAACUUCAAAACCGUGCGGACCGCUUGCAAAUCCCGACUAAAUUAUUAAAUAAGUAGGUUGAGUAUGAUCGUCCGGGUGAACGUAACUACCUAACCUGUGCGGUAGUCACCUUCAGUUGUGUCAAGUCAGUUGAUAGUAUUAAACUCUGGUCAUUGACCGGAUUGGUCCAAUUAAGUCGCGAUGCUAUUGGUCGUCUUUCAGUUAAGCCGUGAUGUUAUUGGCUAUGAAGACUCGUAAUGUCAUUGGUGCGUUUCGAUCAGUCUAUUGUCACCGUUAAACAGUCGUUUAUUGUUAGUUCAAUUGUCAGUUGUCCAGUCGGCAAAUUGUCAGUUGUCUAGUCAGUUGUGACUAAUGCCAACGUCAUUGUAUUAAAACUGUGAAUCCAUUAAAUUAAUUUGAUACCAAUAAUCAAUAUUAAACAAAAACCAAAUGCUAUAGACAAAUCACCCAAGUGCUUGACAUUUGACUACAACAGCUCUUAAUUUAAUGAUCUCAACUUACUUUCUUUUCUUUUGCGGGGUACUUGGUAUCCCAUCACUUCAUUUUUACCACUUGAUUAACGUAAUUUGUACAUGUAUCGAAUCUUUUUUAUCGUGCCUUGUAAUUUAGCAUACGGAAGAGAUUUUUGUCUGCAAAUAUGGUAUUCACUAGGACUUUUAGCCUGCGAACAAGCCUUUGCCUCAAGAAGCUUAGACAAUAUAACAUUUAAAAUGUAUCAAGAUAAAUCAUACUUAGGAGCUUAUUAGUCCUCGGCUAUUGUCAUCUACAAAACAAUCUACAAAAAGGUUAACUAAAAUAUAAAAGUAAUAGAAUUUCCUGUGUCGCGCCCUGUUCUACAAGUCUGACAGUCACCAACUGCAAAUGGAACAUUUUUACAAACAAUGUCUGGACUAAGAUUACACCUAUGCGGAAAGUGCAGGAUCCUAUUGUGUAUUAUAGGCUCCUUUUAUGGUCAAUCAGCUGUUCCCUAGGUAAUAGAGAGAAGUGUGACGUAAUGUUACCAUGGUAGCAAAAUUUCUGGAUCACAACAAUAGGGAACAUAAGCAGCGACGACGGUGACGCGACCGCAAAGAGAACGGCAAAAAGCAAUAGGUUUACAUUAGCAAAAUUACAACUUUGUACGUGCAUCACGCGUUUUUGUACAUUUUUUAGCCCUCGUUGCUCGACUGCGAAAUGAAACUUCCUAAUUUCACGUGCCUACUUUACGCAGUAGGUGAACACAACAGAAAAAUCUUUUC